AAAACAACAAAGACCUAAUAUUAAAUAUAGCCAAAAGUUGUUGCAAAAUUAAGAAUCGUACCUGCUUAUAUACUGUAAAUUACAGCCAAAUUAAUUUGUAUUUUAUGCUCAAGAAAAAUGGCCAACAUGUUGUCAUGACAACGCAGUGCUAAACAAACGUUAAUUAGUCAAUUUGCCAGAAAAGCUAAAGAGUCGCAAAAUGUUUAUAUUGGAUAAAAUACUGCCAUUCAUCUUUAGCUAUAUAAGGCCAUUUAUUAAGUGGUUUCUGCAUGUGUUUACCCGCCUCUCGGAGCUCCAGCGAAUCUGCUACGGAGCAAGGGCAGGUGCAUCGAGAUGCCGCCAAAUCGAAAGAUCCCUUUUUCAAUCCAAGCAGCCAGAAAUAAAGACUCUGUUAAGGGAACUGGAUGAAGCAGCGCCCUAUGUUUCGGACAAAGAGUUGCUUUACUUUGCUCCCCGCGCUGUUCAAGUUGUGUCGCGUGUGAAGCGAAUCAAGAAUAAUGUUCAUCCAGAUUUCGGUAGACUUUUUGGGAAUUGCGUCACUACAAUUUGGGGAUAUAAGCGUUUAAUGCAUCAUGUGGAAGAGCUGCGCGCUGAGUCCUACGAUUCGGAUAACUUGGAGCACGAGCAGAAACUAUUGGAGUUAUGGCAGCUGUUGAUGCCGGAAGAUCCACUCACUGGACGCAUCUCAAAGCAAUGGCAAGAGAUUGGCUUUCAAGGUGAUGAUCCAAAGACGGACUUUCGCGGCAUGGGCAUGUUGGGACUAGAGAAUCUACUAUACUUUGCAAGUGCCUACAACGAUGCUGCCAAGCAUGUCCUCCUGCACUCGAUGCACCCCACGCUGGGCUACACCUACGCCAUUGUUGGCAUCAAUCUCACCGCCCUGGCAUUCAAUUUACUUCGUACGGGAGCAGCCAAGACGCACUUUUACAAUCAGGUGGCGCUACAUAAGCAAAACUUUAGUACAAUUGAAGAUUUUCAUAAGCUUUAUUGCUAUUUAUUCUUCGAGUUUGAUCGUUUCUGGAAGGACAGUUCCCCCCGGAAUAUAAUGGAUUUUCGAGAGGUCUAUCAGGCCUUUGAGAUAACCAAACUGGAGGCUCUCCACAAUGAGAAUACAAUAUUUAAAACGAAUCUGGUUGUAGAAUCUGUUUAAAAUGCUAGAAAAUUUGUAAUAAAAAAUGUAACAGAUAAUAUUUGUAUAAAUGCA